ACCAUUUGCUGUCUGAGCAAACCCAUUCAUUGCUGAUGACCUCUGAUGCAGCUACAAGCCUACCAUUUGCUGUCUGAGCAAACCCAUUCCAUGCUGCCUGCAUGGGAAUUGGAGCAUAUUGAAAAAUGAAGUAUAUCUUCCAAAGAUUUGAGUCAUCUAAAGCACUUCUGUGACUACACUGGUUGUAAUUUGAUAAGGCUUUUUGGAGAUGGUGGUAUCUUCUUAAUGGUUAAAGAAGGGGAAAAGGAAAGGAUGCUAAUAUUUAUUUUGAACCUUAUGCCAGGCCUUUUAAUAUCCAUUAAUUUUUGUAAUGAUUGCGAAGUAGGCUUACCCUCAUUUUACAGAUGGGAAAACCAAGGCUUAAUUUGGUUAAGUCCCAGGUCACUCAGAUAUUAAAUGGUUAAAUAAGAGACCUUCUGAAGUCAAUCUGCUCCCAGACUCAUGCCAUUCUACCUCAUGUGGAGAUGUUUUUAUAUUUGCUUGUUAUCCAAUCCUUAAUUAUCCUGUGACCACCAUUUGCCUUUAUAGGUUCAAUAGAAAUAUUUUAUGCUUUGAGUCCAAAUUAAGAUCUGGACUGCAUGGCUAAUGUGUAAUACUCCCUAAUUAUGUACUUGUUGAUCCUCCAGAGGGCUAGAAUGCUGCAGGGUUGGCCUUUGUCCUAAACCAUUUGUAGCAUGGAGUUACCAGAUGAGAGCCAGUGGGACGAAACCACCUGCGACUUGGCUGUUUGUCAGCAUCCACAAUGCUGGGCAACUAUCCGCCGGAUCGAGAGGGGUCAUCCCCGAAUCCUGGGCUCACCCUGCAGAACUCCCCUGGACGCUGAAGAUAAACUCCCAGCACUUACCAUUGUAAACAUCUCAGAUUCCUGCUUCGGGGCCAAGAGACUUGCUCCUCGUCAUUUUUCAGAAUUUACCUUCACUAAGGCUCCUUCUUUAUUGUCUUGGGGUUCAAAGUUUGACUCCAAAUUUCGAGGCAGGUCUCAGAAGGGUUUACCUGGCAAAAGUUUGAUCAACCAUACUAAUAGAUCUCCAAAACUUUCAGUGUUGAAUUUGAAUGAGACACAACUUCCCUGCUCUAAAGACGUUGGAAAUAUGGUUGUAAUCUGGAUCCCAGAGAAACUUGUGAGUCCAGCUGAGAAGAAGCCUGUUUUUCCCAGCCAGAAUUCAAAGAAGAAAAAGAAAUUGGCAGUGCAAGAUGAGCCAUCUCUGGGUCUCUCUGAGAAGCCGUACGGAGAAACACAGUUGAGAACUCCAGGAGUGGUUGUGCCUUCCCCCUCCCCAGUACACUUAUCUGAGCAAUUAAAUUCAGAAUUCAUACCUUUCUGGACCCAAUUUGGCAUGUUACCUGAGGAUCUGCUGAAGGACCUUUUGUCAGAUGGAGAGAAAACUGUGCCUUGUCCGGAGACGAAGAUACAGUUAGCCAUGAUGAAAAAGAAUCUUCCCCUGGAAAAGAACCGGCCUGAUAGUGCAAUUUCUUCUAAGAUGUUUCUGUCUAUACACCGCCUCACCCUGCAAAGACCAGCAUUGCGAUAUCCUGAACAUUUGAAGAAAUUACGUUAUAACUUGAUGAAAGAAGGUAGAUAUGCUGGUGCUGCCAGAUCUCCAGGUCACAGGAAACAGCAGCAGUGGCGGCAGCAGCAGCAACAACAGAGGAAGGUGAAAACACCUCUUAGAAAACAGGAGGCUAAAAAGAAAGCCAAGAGUGACCCAGGGAGCCAGAAUGCUUCGCAUAAACCUCCAGUUACCAUUGGUUAUGACUCUCUCUAUGGUUACAGAAUUCUGCCAGGUCAGGAAAGGGACACAAAGCAGCAGCAGCAGCAGAUGAAGACAGAAGGAACCACUUUGAAACAGGAUUCCACUAAGAGACUAGAGACGGACUACUCUGAGAACUACAUGGAUCUCUUUUCCAGUAUGAGAAGUCCUGGAUUAUCUGAAACAGAACCCAGUAACAAGGACAUGAGUGCUCCGGUGGAGGCUGUGCUGGAAUCCCAGGCGUCCAGCCAAGAGAAGAUCUCCAAGAACCUUUCAGAAAGUGUGACUAGAAUAAGCUGGAACCCUGAGUUCCAACUACUGAGGAUUCUUCAGGCUACUGAUGAUGAGGAUGAGGAGAACCAGUUCUCUGCGGCACAGAGUGAGGAGUCUUUGGAGGCACAGACUGAAGGCAUCACCUGGGGCAGCCUUAUUCCAGAGCAGGAUGCUUGGCAUCCUGGGGACGACAAUCUUUGACAUAAGAGCAGAAAGGAGAGGAGGCUUCUGCUCUCUGGAGCCUUUCCCAGGGCCCAUGCAUAGGGAUUCUGUUUUCUUUGUUCACUUCUACUUGCCUCUAAAAUAAGUGAGGGAGAAAAAGCCCCAUCCCUUUUAAACUGAGAUUAUUUCUCUUCCAUUAGGGUCAGAAUAAUUUUAGUGAUUAAACAUAACUGCUUCUCAA